CGAACAUCGACGAAGCUGCCCGAUUCCUUCGGGAAUACGACGCCGAAGCUUCGAACAUGUGCUUUCGGGUAAGUUCGGCCCAGUGGGCGUAUUCCACGAACAUGACCGACUUCAAUAAAAGAAGAAUGAUCGAAGAACAAACUUUGAAAGCGAAAUUCGACAAGGUGUCGUGGAGAAAAGCGACGGAAUUCGAUUGGACGCGGAUGCCGGAUCCGACUGUCCGACGCCAGCUGCGCAUGCUCGCCACCAAAGACCGCGUCGCUUUGUCCGACGAAAAAUACAACGAAAUUCACCAUCUGAUUUCGGAAAUGAAAGACGCGUACGCGCACGUCAGAAUUUGCGACGCCGCCGCGUCACGCUGCGACUUCGACCUGACGGACGCGCAGCGCUUCAUGGCGCAAACGCGCGACGCUGCGUCGCUACGUCACACCUGGCUCCAAUGGCACGACGCCAUUGGCCCGCGCGUGCGCAACAAGUUCAUGCGCUACGUCGACUUGGCCAAUCAGGCGGCGCGUCUGAACGGUUUUUCAGACGCGUCCGAAGCAGCAGACACCGUCUACGAAGACGCGCGUCUGCAAGACGAGCUGGCGCAGACGUUUGGACGGAUUUUGCCGCUCUAUAAGGAAUUGUUUGCGUAUGUCCGGUCGAAGUUGUACGUAGCGUACGGGCCGGAUGUUGUGCGGAUUGACGGACCGUUGCCUGCGCAUCUUUUAGGAAACAUGUGGGCGCAGGAGUGGAGCCGGAUUUACGAUUUGGUCGUGCCGUAUCCGGAAUUUGACAAAUUUGACGUCACUGGUGAAUUGUUGCGGCAAGGAUAUACGCCUUUGAGAAUUUUCCAAAUGGCCGAAGAAUUUUACACGUCGCUCGGGCUGAAACCGAUGCCGCCCGAAUUUUGGCGAUCGUCGAUGCUCGAGAGGCCGAAGUCGAGAGAGGCGCAGUGCACGGCCAGCGCUUGGGAUUUUUGCAACCGGAUCGAUUACAGGAUAAAACAAUGCACCGAAGUCGAUAUGGAAAAUUUCGCCACCGCCCACCACGAGAUGGCGCACAUCGAGUACUACUUGCACUACUCCGAACAGCCGUUUUUGUUCAGAGACGGCGCUAAUCCAGGAUUUCACGAAGGCUUUGCCAACUCGAUCCUGCUGUCAGUUGUCAAUCCGACUCAUUUGUACCGAGUCGGCCUGAUGAACUCGAACGGAUCAGAAACGUCGUACGAGCAAAACAUCAAUUUUCUGAUGCUGCAAGGGCUCAGAAAAAUCGCCUACGCCCCUUUCGCCUACAUGAUGGACCAAUGGCGUCACUUAGUUUUCGGCAGUCCGGACGGUGUCGCGCGCAUGAACUCCGACUGGUGGAGCCUGCGCCUGCGCCUCCAGGGCAUCGUGCCGCCGUCGCGACGCCCCGAAAACGGCUUCGACGCCGCUUCAAAACGGCACGUACCUUUCGAUAUACCUUACGUCCAGUACUACGUGGCGCUACUGGUCGAAUUUCAAAUAUUUAAAUCGGCGUGUCGCGCCACUGACCACCGCGGCCCUUUGCACCUGUGCGACAUCUACCGGUCGAGGGAGGCGGGAAGGAUUUUGAGCGAAGUGCUGCGCAUGGGCAAAGCACGCCAUUGGAAAGAGGUUCUGGCAGUUUUGUCCAGAGGCGGCGCAGACGGGGAACUUUCGGCCGAGCCGCUACUGGAAUAUUUUGAGCCUCUCUUCGAUUGGCUGCGAACGGCCAAUAGGAAAGAGCCCGUCAUCGGUUGGAUGUCGAAAAGGGAGGAUUUUGCCCUUUAUCGACCCCUAGUUGGCGCCACUGGAGCGCGUAUUUGGAUGAAUUAUCGUUUUUUGUUUGUUUUAUUUGUAAUUUUUUUUAUUAUUUAGAAAUAAAGAAAUAUCAAAAUCAA